GGUCCCGCGAUGGGGGCGGGGAGAAGGAAGGACCGGACCAGGCACCAACCCCCCGUGGGGCUUGCACCCGGAAGCGCUGGGGGGAGAGGAGCGGAGUUGAGACUGAAGCCAGGAUGGUGGUGUCCUCGCUGAAGCUUCAGGAGCUAAUCCAGGAGAUUCGUGAGGCCAAGACCCAGGCCCAGGAGCGGGAAGUGAUCCAGAAGGAGUGCGCCCACAUCCGGGCCGCCUUCCGCGAUGGGGACCCUCUGCACAGGCACCGCCAGCUGGCCAAACUGCUCUACGUCCACAUGUUAGGCUACCCCGCCCACUUUGGACAGAUGGAGUGCCUGAAACUGAUCGCCUCCCCCAGGUUCACAGACAAGAGGGUGGGCUACCUGGGGGCCAUGCUUCUACUGGAUGAGAGGCAGGAUGCCCACCUGCUCAUUACCAACAGCAUCAAGAAUGACCUGAGCCAGGGGAUUCAGGCCAUACAAGGCCUGGCCCUGUGCACUCUAAGCACCAUGGGCUCUGCUGAGAUGUGCCGGGACCUGGCCAAUGAGGUGGAGAAAUUGCUCCUGCAGCCUAGCCCCUACGUGCGCAAGAAGGCUGUUUUGACUGCAGUGCACAUGAUCCGGAAGGUCCCCGAGCUCUCCAAUCUCUUCCUCCCACCCUGUGCCCAACUGCUUCGGGAACGCCACCAUGGCAUCCUGCUGGGCACCAUCACGCUGAUCACGGAGCUCUGCGAACGAAGCCCUGCAGCUCUCAAGCACUUUCGAAAGGUGGUGCCCCAGCUGGUGCACAUCCUCCGGAGUCUGGUGACGACGGGAUACUCCACAGAACACAGCAUAUCUGGAGUCAGCGACCCCUUCCUACAGGUCCAGAUACUUCGUCUGCUUCGGAUUCUGGGCCAGAACCACGAAGAGAGCAGUGAGACCAUGAAUGACUUGCUGGCCCAGGUAGCCACAAAUACGAACACCAGCCGAAAUGCCGGCAGCGCAGUGCUCUUUGAGACGGUCCUCACCAUCCUGGACAUUCGCUCAGCAGCAGGCCUGCGGGUUCUAGCUGUCAACAUUCUUGGCCGCUUCCUGCUCAACAGUGACAGGAACAUUAGGUACGUAGCGCUGAUGUCCCUGCUGCGGCUGGUGCAGUCUGACCACAGCGCUGUGCAGCGGCACCGGCCCACCGUGGUGGACUGUCUGCGGGACCCCGAUGCUUCCCUCAGCCGGCGGGCCCUGGAACUGAGCCUGGCUCUGGUGAACAGCUCCAAUGUGCGAGCCAUGACCCAGGAGCUGCAGGGCUUUCUGGAGUCCUGCCCCCCUGAUCUGCGGGCCACCUGUGCCUCAGGCAUCCUGCUGGCAGCUGAGAGGUUUGCCCCAUCCAAGCGGUGGCACAUAGACACCAUCCUGCAUGUGCUGACAACGGCAGGCGCCUAUGUGCGUGAUGAUGCGGUAGCCAACCUGACCCAGCUGAUUGGGGGUGCCCAGGAGCUCCACGCCUACUCUGUGCGCCGCCUCUACAGCGCACUGGCCAAGGACAUCUCUCAGGAUAUCACAGGGUCUGGAAGUGAGGAGGGGACCCAGACGCUGGCCCAGCACGUUUCUUACCCCAUGCAGCAACCGCUGGUGCAGGUGGCAGCUUGGUGCAUCGGGGAAUACGGGGACCUCCUGCUGGAGGGGAGCUGUGAGGAAGCUGAGCCCCUGCAGGUGGAGGAAGAGGAGGUGUUGGCAUUGCUGGAAAGGGUACUGCAGUCUCACAUGUCCCUGCCAGCUACCCGAGGAUAUGCCCUGACAGCCCUCAUGAAGCUCAGCACCCGGCUCCGUGGGGACAACAACCGCAUCCGCCAGGUGGUGUCCAUCUACGGGAGCUGCCUGGACGUGGAGCUGCAGCAGCGUGCGGUGGAAUACAACACUCUCUUCCGGAAGUACGACCACAUGAGGGCUGCCAUCCUGGAAAAGAUGCCUCUUAUGGAGCGAGGUGGCCCUCAGGUCGAUGAGAAAGGAAAGGAAAGCGAAGAAGAAGAAGCGGCCCCUAACCCCACAGAGCCCCAGGCCUCGAAGCUCUUGGAUCUCUUGGAUCUCCUGGAUGGCCCUUCUGCGGAUGCCCACCACCCUCCCCCUCUGGAUCCCACCCCAGGAGGCACUUUAAUAAAUCUCCUGGACCUUCCUUGUGCUCCCCCACCCCCUGCUCCUAUCCCAAAUCUCAGAGUGUUUGAGCGUGAGGGACUACAGCUGAAUCUGUCUUUUGUUCGACCCCCUGGAACCCCUGCUUUGCUGUUAAUCACUGUCACAGCCACCAAUACCUCAGCGGGUGACGUCACCCACUUCAUCUGCCAGGCCGCUGUGCCCAAGAGUUUCCAGCUACAGCUACAGGCCCCUAGUGGGGACACAGUUCCAGCUCAGGGUGGCCUUCCGAUGACGCAGCUCCUCAGAAUCCUCAAUCCUAACAAGGCCCCCUUGCGGCUGAAGCUGCGCCUCACCUACAACCACUUUGGCCAGUCGGUGCAGGAAAUCUUUGAGGUGAACAACUUGCCUGUGGAGACAUGGCAGUAACUCUGCCUCCACUCACAGUAUGAAGUCUUCCUAAGAAUCCAAACCACAGGGGCCCCAGCUACCUGGAGGCACAUCUGAGCGCUACCAGCAGGUGGCGCUCUGGUCCUGUGCUUGCCACUGCGGAACCUGUUGGGGGCGCCCCCUCAACCCCACAAAUAAUAAAGCCUGAGGAGGGAAAGCCAUA